GCGCCGCAGCUUCGAGCUUCAAAGGUUCCUUGCCAUCCACCACUGCGAACGCAGCACAACACAAUGGCUAGCGACACCUUACCCCGCAGGCGGAGCAUGACCGACGCCUUCCUGGUCUCGCGUAAUCCUGAAGUAGCUAACGUGGUCCGUGGUGAUCUCAUCAGCCUCCUCGAAGGAAUGCGGCAGCGCAAUGCGCACCUCGACGACUUUGCGAGAGGGCUCCCGAAACUCACUGAGAGCGACCUAUCAUCCCUCGGACAGUCCGACAGCACAUGUCCAAUAUGCCUAACACCGCUUCUAGCGAUCUUAGCAGAGGAGGAAACAGCGCUCGCCAUGGACUCGCCUGCGCACCCCAUCGAAGAACUGGGUGUCACGCGCCUUGUGAGGACAUGCGGACACCUCUUCUGCCGCAAAGACAUCCGCGGGUGGCUGUAUCAAGGCAAUGCGACCUGCCCCACAUGCCGCACGCCAUUCAUUGCGCCGCAGGCUGGAGACGAGCAGCGCGCACGCCAGGAGAGCGAACUGCCCGGUGCUGGCGAGGCCUCGUUCGAUGCGUACCUGAACAACGAGGUCACUCGGGCAUUCGAAGCCUUCUUCCCACUGCCAGGCGCGCCCACAUCCGCUGUUCCCCGCAGUGAUGGCCCGGCGUCGUCCGAAGAAGAUUUUGAGCAGCUAGAGGAGGCGCAGUUCGAGUACGACCACGAUCGGAGCGAGUUCUCCGGGAUGUACUCGUGAACUGCUUGCCGUGUUGUUCACUUGACCUUCAUUCCCAAUGCUAGCGGCUUCUUUGGACAGAUUAUACUCGUGGGUUCUAGGAAUGGGAUGGGACGGUGUGUAUGCCAUACAUGUAAAUCUACUAAAUUCUAUGAGUACUUCACGCAUGGGCCUAGGGUAUGUGAACGAGGUUGCCAAUGAGUUGUGAUUAGGAAGGUGGCAGCGCUGAGGGCAGCAGCCGAAGGUGCAUCCAGAAAACGAUCUCGUUGCCCAUGUCGAGCUUUACGGCGGAGGGGUCCCGGAUCGGUCCUCUACGCAGUGGUCGUGGGUACUGGUGGCAAAACAUAGUUGUCUUUCCAUUUGUUCCCUUUGUACAGUG